CAAUAUUUUGUCAUAUUCAUUCAAUACCGUUCAAAUCAUUCAAAUUGUCACUUUAUUGCAAAACACUGCUAAAUAUUUUUUACGUUUUCAAAUCCCAAUAAUAUUACUAAAAUGGCAGACGCCGACUGUGAGAUAGAGUACUUAGAUGAAGACGCGGAAAUCGUACAACAAUGCUUUCAAACUCCGCGUGUGCCAGAGGUUGUUGUUACUAAAGACACUCCGUUACUCGUAGAAAGGGCAGAGAAAAGACGAAAAAGAAAAAAAGACGACGACUCCGACUAUGAUCCGAGCGAAGAUUACGUUCCGCCGAGCCCUCCGAAUCCUAAAAAUAAGAAAAAACGGCAUGGGUUAAAAAGGUCUUUUAAAGUAGAGCGCGAAAUGAACGUUCCAAAUUUAAAAGGCAUAAAGAAAAUAAUUAAAGAGAACCAAUUGUUGUCUACAGAGGAACAGCUCGCUAUACGAAAGAAAUUGAAUAUCCGAAUACCAGAUUACGAUGAUCCCUUAUGUCUGCCCGUUAAGGCUUUGAGGCAAGAGGAGAAUGAUCUGAAGAGGUUAAAUGUGUGGAAUAAUGUUUGUCUGGAGCAUUUUAAGCACUGCGAUACGAUGCUACGGCCCGAGCGGGGCGAAACAAAGAGCUCCGUGAGGAGUGUUGUGCUCAGGAAUGUUAUGAACAAGCAGACUAGGAAAGUGGAAACAACAAUAUGGAGCAAGACAAGUGUUGAAAAUGAAGAUGGGGACAAAAAAUCAGAGAUAUUCCAGUGUGUGUUGCCCAAAUAUAAGGAGAAAAAGGUUCUGAAUGCAGUUAUGAUGUCAUCACGGAAGACUAAAGCGUUCCACGUCAUUGAUGAGGUAAUACUGACAAAGGAGGAACACAAAGACGGAGAGGCGCUGGUGGCGUACAAACCGAGGGAAGCUAUAUCAUCUGUCUACAUGAUGUUUGAUAAUGGUAAAAGCACAGACAGUAUGGACGGUACUGAACAAAAUCAAGAUAAAGAUGAAGAGUCUAAGAUGUACAUGAAAGAGUUGGCCUGCUGCAAGGUUUGUGCGCACUGCUUCCAGACCUCAUGGCGAGGAGCCAAGAAGGUCAAUAAGAAGACUAUAGUGUGUCCGGUGUGCGCUCGUACUUACGUGACGGUUCACAAUCUCCUGGCACAUUUCAAGACGCACACCGAGAGUGAGGUGCAACGCUACAAACAUAUCAUGUCCGCAGCGUUGGCCGAGAUUGUCGAUUAUCACUACACAUGCCGUAUAUGUCAAGAAAAACAGACCUCUAUCAAAAAUUAAGGAGGCACACUAAAACAGCUCAUGUCGUAGGCAACGAACCGUUCUUAUGCGAGGUUGGGAAUCAUUUGGCGAGAUGAAGCUAAUAAAAUAAGUCAAUACUA